UCUUCAGCUCCCAUACGUCACAGCGGGCCUCUUUUCUUUUGCUCUGCGUGCCUCAUAAGACGCUGGUCUACUACAGUCUGCCCAAGGCUUCCACUCUCUGAUUCAAUUUCGAGCCACCUGCUGCAACCCAAACCCUCGGCUUUUCGCAUUGUCCACAAGUCUGCAUUUCCCAAUGGAGCAAAACUUUGACGGGCGACCUCCCGUCGUCCCCUCGGCCGCAACCUCCAGUGCGCCCACGCCUCUCCGUCCUGGAACUCCCAACACAGAUGACAACCGCAACAUCUUCGAGGGGGGGACCGACACGGCCUCAAACGCUCCCGGAACUGGCACAAACCCCUUUGUGAGCCCGGACGCCUCACGGCCCGCCUCCAGCUUUGAGUCGUCCAGCGGCAGCCCCUACGAUGAGCGUCCCGAAGAGCGUGGUGGCCAGCGAUAUUUCCACUCGCGGCUGGUCAAGAAGGGAGAAAUCGAAAAGCCCUGGCUGGAAAAGGUCGAUCCCAAGGAGAAAUGGGUCACCAUAUUGCCCCUCCUCGGCAUCCUCCUUGGCUUGUGUAUUUCCGGCUUCUUGGUCUGGGACGGCAUGCGUAGUGUCGUCAAGCACAAGUACUGCCCUGUCUUGGAUGAAGAUUUCAGCAACGGCAUUGAUCCGAGCAUUUGGACCAAGGAGGUGCAGAUUGGCGGAUUUGGCAACGGCGAGUUCGAACAGACUACUGGUGGCGACGGAAACGUCUAUGUUGAGAACGGCCAUCUUAUGAUCAAGGCAACUCUCCAAGAUGCCAACCUGGUCCAGAAGAACAAUGUCAUCAACUUGCUCAAGGACGGCACUUGUACCUCCAAGGACUACUAUAGCUGCGUCGCCGCCACCAACACCACCAACGGCAACUCCAGUAUCGUUCCUCCGACACUGUCCGGCCGUAUCAACACGCUGAAGGGAGCAACUAUCAAGUAUGGCCGUGUUGAAGUCACUGCAAAGCUGCCUGUAGGCGACUGGCUGUGGCCCGCCAUUUGGAUGUUGCCAGUCAAAGAUACCUAUGGCCCCUGGCCCUCGUCCGGAGAGAUUGAUAUCAUGGAGUCGCGUGGAAACAAUCACACCUAUGCUCAAGGCGGCAACAACAUUGCUUCAUCUGCUCUACACUGGGGCCCUGACCCCGCCAAUGAUGCUUGGUGGAAGACCAACAACAAGCGCAAGGCUCUGCACACCACUUACAGCGCGGGAUUCAAUACCUUUGGCCUUGAGUGGUCGCAAAAGUAUCUCUUCACCUACAUCAACAGCCGGCUGCUGCAAGUCACCUACACCAACUUUAACAAGCCCAUGUGGGCACGAGGCGGCUUCCCCGACUCCACCUCUAAUGGUACCAGGCUGAUUGACAUCUGGAGCCAGACCGGCCGUGACAACACCCCAUUUGACCAGGAGUUCUACCUCAUCCUGAACCUUGCUGUUGGCGGUACCAACGGUUGGUUUGAAGACGGUCAGUCUGGCAAGCCUUGGCUGGACCACUCUCCCAAUGCCAAGAAGGACUUUUGGGAUGCCCGCAACACAUGGUAUCCCACGUGGACGCAGCCUCAGCUCGAGAUUAGCCGCGUUGUCAUGACGCAGCAAUGCGAUGGUAACGAGGAUUUGUGAGCUAUAUGGUUGACUACUACAUACUACUGCAUUAUUGCAAGGGGAGUGCCAUUCAUUGUAAUCAUGGGCACUCAUAGACACGAGGAUGAGGGAUAGUACAUUUUUUCUGGAAAAAUUAUCGGGUAUAUGAAGCAAAGAGUUCUUUUACGAUUGAGAAUACAGUAACUUUAGGUAAUAUUAGGGAUGGAUGGUUUAUUUGGCUAUUAGAUGCGCAACCAGUGCUACCAGGCGUUUGAAUUGAAUAUCCACUGAUUUUCAUGUUAUUUUGUU